GCGCUCCUCCUCCGCCCCGUCCCGCCCCCGACCCCCGCGCCCCCAUCGGCUCCUCCGCCCGCGGGUCCCACCUCCACCGCCGCGCCUCCCCCGCGGCCCGGGACCGCCGCCCACCCGCUCGUCGCCUUCCUCUCCUCCCUCGUCCCGCGCCGCGGCGGGGAGCGACCGGGGCCCGCCGUGGCGGCGGCGGCGCGGAGGGCGGCGGAGAGGGACGCCCUGGCGGAGCUGCAGAUGGCGGGGUGCGCGGUGCCGCUGUUCCGGCCGUACGUGGCGCGGCUGCCCUGGCACGGCGGCACGCGGGCCUGGCUCUCCAAGCUCUUCCCGCGCUACGGCCACUACUGCGGGCCCAACUGGUCCAGCGGCAAGGAGGCCGGCUCCGUGCUCUGGGACCGCCGCCCCGCCGACCACCUCGACUUCUGCUGCUACUGCCACGACAUGGCCUACGACACCCACGACCAGGCGCAGCUCCUCCGCGCCGACCUCGCCUUCCUCAGCUGCCUCGAGGGCAGCCGCAAGACGCCCGCGCUCGACGGCGUCGCCGCCGCCGCCAUCUACCGCUCCAUGUGCAUCUUCGGGCUCAAGACCAUACUGAUACCAUACAGGACCAACUUGGUGCGGCUGCAAACCGGGCCGAAUUACGCCGACGCAUUCGCCGAUUUCAUGAAGAGGAUGGCCUCGUCUUCCGGCAGGGCGAUGACGGGCGGCGAGAAGCAAAGAUUUUGAGGGGCAACUGUGUUGCCGUCGAUCGAAGUGAUCCGAGGUGAUUGAUGGUGUUGAAUUGCUCGCUGAUUGAAAUGUGCAUAACCAAGUUUUCACAAUGUAGCAAUUGUAGUUACCGAUGGGGAACUUGGUACUCCCAAUGUGUAUAUAGGUUAGCAUACGACCAUAUCAACAAUGUAACUUAGCACGGCAAGGAAUUGCCAAAUUGUUACAACGCUGAUUAAACCAGGUUUGAUCCUGCACAAGCCCUAUUGGGUUCACUGUCAAAUGGGUGGAGAAGAGAAAAAGACCCAACUACUGAUUU